AAGUAUUGAUCUCAGCUUCAUGUCUACCUUUAAAAAUGUGAAACAUUUUCGUAUUGUUUUUUGGGGCAACCCACUGACAGAAGACAAGUCUCUGGUUUCUCUAUGUAAAACCAAUGUCUCUCUGUCAUCACUGAAGCUUUUCGUUUACGAAUCUGGACAACACUUUUCACUCAGAAACAGCCCAUUUGUCUGCCUAAAUCACCUAGAAAGACUGUAUCUGUUAGGGAGUCAUAUUCAUAUAGAAGACUUUGCGUUCCAGGGGCUUCACCAUUUGCAGGAACUAUUCCUACAAACUCCUGGGUGGAAUUCGAGUGGAAUGACACCAGAACUCCUCAUAUCUCAGUCUGCUUUUAAGGGACUUAGUGGGCUGCAGAGCUUAAUAGUCACUGCACCCUUGUAUGUUUUAAAACCCGAAGUGUUUGUAGAUAUUUCAAAUGUAAAAAUGUUAGACUUCACUGCAUGCAAAAUUCAAGUAAUUGAAGACUUUGCUUUUAAAAACCUAAGUGAGGUGAGACACAUGGAUCUCAGAAUGAAUAAGAUUUCUAAACUAACAAAAAACACCUUCUUUGGACUUCAGACCCUGGAGAGUUUGAUGCUUGAACACAAUCCACUGAUGCACUUAGAAGCCGAAUGCUUUGCCCAUUUGCCCUCCCUUAGGAUUCUCCAUCUCGGGAAUCUGAAGCUUCCCAACACUGAGCCCUUUGGAAUGCAAGUUCUCAACCUGAGUCUCAUCUUUGGGGGCUUCCCUCGCAACCUGUCUGAACUCACCAUCACAUCUGCUGUGCGCCCUAUGACUUUGGUCAUCGCUGAUGACAGCACCCCAGACGUGGACUUGAGUCUCACUCUCUCCGGCCAGAAGAUUGUUUUAUGGGGAUGCAGUAGACCCUUUCUACAAUCUGUUACCAAACUCUAUGUUGUGACAGACUUGUUCAUUUGUGCGCCUCAACAUACAGUUGCUCUCUGUCACUUCACAUCAGUGGUCUCCUUGGAUUUUUCUCAGGUGCAUUCCAGCACUAUCCAAAGUCUCUCUUGCCUCAACAGAUUGGUGAAUUUAAAGAGUUUAGAUAUUGAACGUGUCAACUUUAUCAAUGAUCCAGGUGUCAGUCACAUGUUUCACAACUUGACCCAACUACAGAUUUUUACACUUAGUCAGUGCUGGUUGGAUUCUUUGGAGGGCGAGCUCAGUCUGGAUCUGACCUCUCUGGAGUAUUUUUUCAUUGAUAGUAUAGAGACAGAAGUCAGUUUUACAACAGGUUUCUUUGAACACCUGACCAGCCUGAAGUCUGCAAUAGUCAGUGAGGUAAAACUGCGCUGCACCUGUGACAAUAUGUGGUUCCUCCAUUGGGCAAGGAAUAAGCAACAGACAGAGGUGUUUAUGUCAAACCCCCUGGACAAUCCUCUCCAGUGUUUGUCUGGGGGUGGGCUCCAGGACCUAGACAGCUAUGGCCAGGCCCACUGCUGGAUGUGGGGUCUGGAUGUGGGGUUUGUGUUGUUUGUCAGCACAUUGUGCUUCCUCCUGCUGUUCAUGACGGUUGUGCUGCUGCAUCAGUUGGCCAAAGACUACCUGCAGGCCUUCUACCACAUCGCUCACGGCUGGCUGAAUGAGGCACUGCGUCACCACCAGAACACCAGAGGGCGCUACCUUCAUGAUGCCUUUGUGUCUUACAGUGGCAGGGACGAGCGCUGGGUGAUGGAGGAACUCCUGCCCAACCUGGAGCGCAGGGGACCCCCAUUCCUGAAGCUUUGCCUGCACAGCCGGGACUUCCAGCUGGGGAAGGAUAUUGUGGAGAAUAUAACUGACAGUCUGUACAGGAGCCGCCGCACCCUCUGCCUGGUCAGCCGCCACUACCUGCGGAGCAACUGGUGCUCCCUGGAGAUGCGGCUGGGCACCUACCGGCUGCAGGUGGAGCACAGGGAUGUGCUGAUCCUGGUGUUCCUGGAGAAGAUCCCUUCUAACCUGCUCUCUGCCCAUCACAGGCUGGCCCGACUCGUCAAGACCAGGACUUACAUAGAGUGGCCUCAAGACCCAGCCCAACAGGAGGCAUUCUGGGAAAGACUGUGGAAAAAACUGUUGCCAGACAGGGUGCAAUGAGUCACCAUGUGCAAUUUUUGGAAUCCUUAUACUACUUCAAUUCAACCAGAA